AUGGCUCAACCUCAGCCCCGCCGCUUCGCCCAGAUCGUUCACCUCAAGCCUUCUGCUGUGGCAGCAUAUAAAGAGUGCCACGCCAAGGUCUGGCCUGAGAUCCUCCAAAAGAUCAAGGAGUGUAAUAUCGUAGACUACUCAAUCUACUUCGACAACGACCGGACUCUCUUCGCGACUUUCAAGUAUGUCGGCACUGACAUCGAAGCUGAUAUGGAGAGCAUGCGGUCCUCGUCAAAGAUGAGAGAGUGGUGGAACAUGACUGAUGGGAUGCAGGUGGGUUGA